UUCCAGUUUACGAAGGUGAGAAGACUGAUCUUUGAUGUCUUGUGACGGUCAUGCCAGAGACCAACUACACCUUUAAGGUCACCGCCAGAUAUAAAGUUCCGGAGAUUGACAGCGAGGAGGCUGUCUUUAACCUGUCCGUCGGAGCAGGAAUACCAUUCUUCAAGGGGGAACCAGCGUGGGAUGACGAGGAAGACAUGACACAGGAGCGAGACAAGGAGCACGCCAUCAUUCUUGACACGACCACCUUCAGUAACGACAAUGGCCGCGUCAGGAGGUACGAGAUACGGCUGUCGGAGGGCUGUGAACACAAGUUACAUGAGAAGUUACUUAGCAAUGGAUCUGCCAUUGACUUACGUCCCAGGGUGAAGUUUGUCAUCGGUGACUUAGAGCAGUGCAGUAUGUGUGAUAACCCACCUCUCAAGCCCAGUACACAGUACUCCUACCGCGUCCGCAUUUCCACCUCCAGUGCCUUCAAUGAGUCUGAGUGGAAGUGUUUCAGAACCGUUGGUAAGUUGUAUAACACGAAUGGCUUUGUAUUUUUCUCAUGCAAUAGUAAGUUGUGGAUGCACCUGUGAGUGGAAGAUGUAGAUAUGCCUGACGGGAAGUUGUGUGGAGUCACUACAGAGGAGUGGACAGUAUCCCGGGGCGCUCUCUACAGUUCUCUGUAGCAAUGAGUGCUGAGUUAAGCUGCUACAAUGCUGACUUAGCAGACAAUACCUAGGUAUCCCCCACUUCUGUUGUUAAGACCAUAUUGAUCCAAAUAUUCAGGUCUCAGUACGAGAGAAUUCGCAGACUCCCGGUGGUCUCAAAGCACCCGUAUAAAACAUUAUGUAUUUAGAUCCAAUACCUACAUAUAUAGGCAGCACCAACCUUACACCAGACAGUGUGACAGUGGUAGCAGGUGUGGCUGCAC